AUGCAGCGGCCGCCAGAGCUGCACGAGUGGCAGCUACCACCGAAUGGCUCGUCAGACGGCCGAAGGCAGCUCGUUGAUGCCUUUGCAACGCUGUCCAACGAAGCCGCAGCAUCGAGGGCGUCACUUGCCAAAGGGCGUCAGCUGAGCAUCACGCCCGUCUCGCACGACCACUACAUGGCCUCUCACAUCACGCCAAAGGCAGAGGGGCCCCCUUUGAUGCCUAUGCCUGUCGCCUACGAGGACUUUCAGUAUUCGCUGCCUGACUUGCCCAUGGAUCAAGACCUGCCGAACGACAGUGCUUUCCUGCUAGGGAGCUCUGCAGAGUUUGACAUGAGCCUACUCGAUGCGAGCUACAGGGACGGCUUGCCGCGCGAUAUGCCUCUCGGCCUACCCCCGACGAGCUUCGGCGGCCAGGCACCUCAGGGUAAACCAUCAGACUUGUUCGAUCCAUCCGAGAAGGCCCUCUUCUCCGACUUUUUACAUAGUCUCGAAGUCAACCAGGACUUUCUUUUCAAUCCCGACUUGCCCCCAGAUCUGCCCAAGCUAGACGAUCCCUCCGGUCUGCCGGGCUCGCAAGAAGGUACACAAUUGGGCGAAGAGAUUGAGCGUCUGCAUCUGAGGCACAAGCCAUCCACAGAGCUACCCCGCUCUGCCUCGCUCAAGGAUCUGAGCGCGCGCCCGGUCGAUGCGACGCGUGUGAAGAAGUACAGACGGACAGAUCAUGCCGAAGGAGGCAUGGAUAUCGAGGACGAGCAGAAGCCACGGAUACCCUGUUCGCCUGCCAAGACACGAGUGCGGCGACCGUCUCUCCGUAGUCAGACCUCCAGUACAGAGACCGCCCGACCAACGGGUCCUUACUGGCGUCCCAAUGCCGCUCUUGCUCGCAUACGAGCACCCAGCACGGACGCUUCCCCUUCGCGAUCUGCCGGUCAGACGGAAGCUUCCCUCAAGAAAGCCAACGGCAGUAUCGUGUCUGAGCAGAAGAGGCGGACGCUCAUAAGAGGUGGCUUCAAAGAGCUCGUCGAGAUGCUACAAGCAGCAGAGAGCGUUUCCGGCCUGUCCAUCGGUUCUGCAGAGCCCGACGCCAAUCUUGCCAAUCUGACAGCUGACGAGCGCAAAGCACGCAAAGCAAAGAGCAAAGGUAGAGGUAGAGGCAGGAAAGGCGAAGCGGGUGCAGGCGCGAGCAAAUCUGUCGUGCUAUCACAGGCAGUGAAGUAUGUGCUCUGGGUCAGCGAAGGCAACCGCGCAUUGGAAGAAGAAGUGAGGCGGAUAGAGUCCACGGCCGGUCUGUACUAA